AUGCAUCUGUCGAGCUUCAUCAUUGCGCUAGGCGCCUGCAGUGCGUUGGCGGCGCCUGUCGAACAGCAGCCGUUGCCGGGCAAUGUGCGACACCACGCAGGCCCGCACAAGGUCGUGAAUCCCUAUACGCCUGACAGCCGCGAUCCAUACGACAAGAAGAUUGAUGCCCAGGCCGACAAGCUGCAUCCUCUGCCAUGGCGAAACGGCGAUGGUGCGGAUAUGCUGGGUCCUCGCAACAGGGAGCGCGAAAGGCAGAAUCCAGAUCUGGUCCGCCCACCCAGCACCGACCAUGGCAACAUGCCCAACAUGCGCUGGUCGUUCGCCGACUCUCACAUUCGCAUUGAAGAAGGUGGAUGGACGCGUCAGACUACUAUUCGUGAGCUUCCAACUAGCAAGGAGUUGGCUGGUGUCAAUAUGCGCCUCGACGAGGGCGUGAUUCGUGAGCUUCAUUGGCACAAGGAGGCCGAAUGGGCCUACGUCCUUGAAGGCAGCGUUCGUAUUACUGCCCUCGAUACAGAAGGCGGCAGCUUCGUCGAUGACCUUGAGAAGGGCGACUUGUGGUACUUUCCAUCCGGCCACCCACAUUCCCUCCAAGGUCUCAGCCCCAAUGGCACCGAGUUCCUCCUCAUCUUCGAUGACGGAAACUUCUCCGAAGACUCGACCUUCCUUCUCACCGACUGGGUGGCACGCACGCCCAAAUCGGUGCUAGCCGAGAACUUUCGCGUCGCGCCGGAGGUCUUCAGAGCCAUCCCUGAGAAGGAGAAGUACAUCUUCCAAGGCUCAAACCCAGACUCGAUUGAGAAAGAAAUCCCAAGCAAAAGCCCCGGCUACAAGAAGUCCAAGCUGCAGUUUACUCACAAGAUGCUCGCUCAAGAGCCCCUGAACACAACAGGAGGUCAAGUCCGCAUCACUGACUCAACCAACUUCCCUCUGUCCAAGACAGUGGCGGCGGCCCAUCUCAACAUCCAGCCCGGCGCGCUCAGAGAGAUGCACUGGCACCCCAAUGCAGACGAAUGGUCCUUCUUCAUCAAAGGCCGCGCCCGCGUAACCAUCUUCGCAGCUGAAGGCACAGCGCGAACCUUUGAUUACCAAGCUGGCGACGUCGGCAUCGUGCCACGCAACAUGGGCCACUUCAUCGAAAACCUCUCCGACGACGAGGAUGUUGAGGUUCUCGAAAUCUUCCGCGCAGACAAAUUCCAGGACUUCAGCUUGUUCCAGUGGAUGGGCGAGACACCGCAGCGAAUGGUCAAGGAGCACUUGUUCGCGACUGAUCCCAAGAGCGGAGAGAAGUUCGUCAAGGCCAUUGAGAAUGCCGAGAGAGACCCGAUCAGAGAUACGCAGAGUGGCGAUGAUGACGAUAAGGAGGAGUUGUAG